AUGUCGGAAGAAGAAUUUUUGGUGAGUUUAAUUUGAUUGAUAAAAUAUAAUUUAAAAUAUCUAAUCAAUACUUAUUCAAUUGUUUUUUUCUUUAUACAUAUAUACUUUACUUAUAAUUUAUAUUGGGGAUGUUUUGGGUACCAUUAUUUAUUAACAAAUGGGUUACCGAGUAGUCAUCGGGUACAGAAUAUGAUAUUGAGUACUCAGUUAGGACUCAAUGGCCGGGUACCCAGAAUAUCUCUAAUAAUUAUAUUGUUAAAAUUAUAAUAUUUUAAAUGCAAGAUUUUUGGUGAAUUUAUAUAUGUUUAUGUUUAUAUGAUAAAGGUAUAUUUACCUAUUUGCAGUGAUUAAAGUUAGGAGACAGAGAGGAAGAAGUCUCCCUUAUUUUUAAGUCUUCUAAGUCAGUGGUCUUCAACCUUUUUGAACUCACGACCCACAUUUUUAAGCGUACAUUAUCCGUAACCCAUAUAAGGCAUACUUAAAGAAAAACGUUUGUGGAACAACUAAAAAAGAAAAAUUUAAAGUUACUUAAUACUUAGUAGUGGUACUGUUAUAACUGAAUAAAUAAAAAUAAAAAAAACUUUAUCGUACAUUUGACUAGAAUAAUAAUGCGACUAAUAUUUAUUCCUCUUUAAACACAGCGACAAAAUCAACUAUGUUCCUAGAUUAUGGGACUCUUUAACAAUAAUAAUAUAAUAUAUUUGUUUUAUUAUUAACCAUGUUUACUCGUAAAUUAUUAUAUUUAAUGUCAUACUACGUAGAAUCAUACUAGUAUAUGAAUCAUACACUAUGAUUUGAAAUCUAUUAUACUAUUAUAUUUUUGAAUAUAAACUAUAUAAUAUUGAUUAUACAUAAUAUAUUACAAGGUAUACAAAACCUUAUAUAAUUGUAUAAACCUAAUUUUUAUUUUAAAAAAAAACUUAUCGCAACCCAACAGUUGAAGAUCACUGUUCUAAGUCUAAGGGGAAACUUUAUAGUCUUCUUAUUAAGAAUAAUUCAAGUAAAUACAUAUCUAUUCAGAGCUAUUGACUUAGCCACUUAGCCACAUGCAAGUAGUAACUAAGUAAUACAAGACAAUGAUGCCAGCCUUACUGGUGAGGCUAUAGAAGGAACUGUCUGUUUUUAAAUCCUUAUCGGUAAACUUAUAAUAGUCAUGUCAACAACCCGGAACAUCUCUAAUGAUUAUAUUGUUAAAAUUGUAAUAUUUUAAAUGCAAAAUUUUUGAUUUUUGAUGUCGACAAUGAUAAGUAAUAUAAUAAUACCGCCAAAAAAAUUUCCACCUUCUACCACAACUCGAUAAUGCAAUAUAAAUUCUUUUUUCGCUUGGUCAGUUGCAGGCACAUAUUAAAUAAUUAUUUACCAUAGAAUAGCGGUUCUCAAUCUUUUCAUAUACGCAUACCAUUAGGAAUUUUGAAAAUAUUUCAUGUACCACUUGCCAUGAUUAUUAUGAUUUUUUUUUUACUUGUCAACAAAUUUCUUCCUGUACCUAUGAGUUGUCCACAUAACAUUAGUGGUAUGCAUACAACAGGUUGAAUACCACUGCUAUAGAUUAUAAUUUGUAAUAUGAAUAAAUAUGAUAUAGUGUCAAGUGAUUUUUUUGUUAUUAGAAAAUACUGUAUAUUUGGGUGCCUUAAAAGUUGUCUUACUUAAUGAGUUAUAUUAAAAAUUGUUAUGCUGUGUCCAGACUAAGAAAUCUUUUAUAAAUGUUCAUUGAACAUCUAAAAUAUUAAACAGACAUGUUUGGUAGGUGUACCUGUUUAAAAAUCAAUUUUUUUGUCAAUUAUCUCAAUAUUUGCUCAUUAGUUGAACAAUAUUGCCUUUUAUAUUUUUGGAAAUCUAUUUAUUUCAUUAAAUAUCGAAUUGUUAUAAACAAAAUUAAUAAUAUUUUUUAAAUAAGAAUCUAUAAAAUUAUUAAUUAAUAAAAUAUAAAAUUGAGAGAUGUAGGUAAUUACAUACUUGAAAGUCCUAAAUUACUCCAAUUAAUAAAAUAAUUAAUAUUUACUACUGUUUUCAGAAAGGACGACAAUUAAUCACACAUUUAGAACUAAUACAAUAUAAAUUUUUCAAUGGCAGACAAGAAUGGACAACAAUAGAGUACAAGGAUCUAAAAUUGUACAUAGCUUUCAUAAUGUAUGGCUCUCCAUCUGUAGAAGAUGAUGAUGACAAUUUAGAGGAACCUGAUGAUAUAUUUAAUCAUUAUGAAACAGAAGAAAAGAGAUAUAUUUUAGAUGUCUAUAAAACUGUUGUAGAUAAUAUUGUUAAAUCAAAAAAACCUAUUGAAGUGGGUAUUACUUUUACUCAUAGUACUUGCAAAAAAAAGUGUGAAGUCUGUUGGAAUUUCCCCGCUAACAAUAUUCACCAAUGGUAUCUAUUCAGAAUUAAAACUGUUGAUGGUGCAGCUUAUAUUGAUCUGAAUAAUAAAAGAACAUAUGCAAAUUGGACAGAUUAUUUAGAAAAUAAUAAUCUUCCCGAAGGAAUAAUGUUUUACCCACCAUCAGGGUAUUAUGAAGAAUCCAAAUGUUUGGAACAUACCUUAACACCUGCAUCUAAAAUAAUUUCAAAAACUCUAAAACUAAAAGACACAGUUGGAAAUUUAAUAAAAGUAAUGUUAGAAUUAAAAAGUUUAAAAAUCCUGUAUGGAUUGGGAAAUGCUACUAUAAAAACAUUUACAACUAUUAAUAGUNCAGUUGGAAAUGUAGUAAAUGUAGUAUCUAAUGUAUGUAUCACUGGAGGGAUUGCUUUUCCAAUAUGUGCACCUCUAUUGAUACCAUCGGCAAUAAUAGGCAUAAUUGCUAACAUGUUUACAGUACCCAGAUUAGUUGAGAAAUUAGUAGACUUAAAAAAGCAUAAUGAAAAAUGUUUAGGAACCCAACAUUUGACAAAUUUAAAAAUUUCUUUACUCAGUACUGUAACCACUAUAGGCAGUGGAACAAAAGUAAUGUCAGAAUUCAUAAGGUUGUCAAUGAAGAUUAAAAAUACAAAAAAACUAACAAUUAAGGACUUUAUGAUCUUACGUUUGGAUUUAUUUCUUGCUAUUGGACAACUUUNUUGA